CGGCCCCCCAGGGCUCACCUGACUCACCUGGGCCGGCGGGAGGCGGCGGCGGCGCGGCUGAGCGCUGAGCCGGGCGGCGGCCGAGGGGCGGCAUGGCGCGGGAGAGCGGCUCCCCGUGGGCCAUGGGGCUGCUGAAGACCUUCGAGGAGAGCGAGUUCGGCAGCUGGGAGAAGAUCGGCUCGGGGGGCUUCGGGCAGGUGUACAAGGUGCGCCACCUCCACUGGAAGACCUGGCUCGCCAUCAAGUGCUCGCCCAGCCUGCACGUGGACGAGAAGGAGCGCAUGGAGUUAUUGGAAGAAGCUAGGAAGAUGGAAAUGGCAAAAUUUCGCUAUAUCCUUCCUGUUUAUGGCAUCUGUAAGGAGCCGGUUGGUUUGGUGAUGGAAUAUAUGGAGACAGGAUCUCUGGAAAAGCUCCUGGCUUCUGAACCUCUGCCGUGGGAGUUGCGCUUCCGAAUCAUCCACGAGACAGCCGUGGGUAUGAACUUCCUGCACUGCAUGUCUCCUCCACUGCUCCACCUGGACCUUAAGCCUGCCAACAUCCUUCUUGAUGCCCACUACCACGUCAAGAUUUCUGACUUUGGACUUGCGAAGUGCAAUGGUUUGUCACAUUCCCAUGACCUCAGUAUGGAUGGCUUGUGUGGCACAAUUGCAUACCUUCCUCCAGAGCGCAUCAAGGAGAAGAACAGGUGUUUUGACACCAAGCAUGAUGUGUACAGCUUUUCCAUUGUGAUCUGGGGAGUUCUUACACAGAAGAAGCCUUUUGCAGAGGAAAACAACAUUUUACAUAUCAUGGUAAAAGUAGUUAAAGGCCACCGCCCAGAGCUACCUGCUGUUUCCAAAUCCAGACCUCAUUCAUGUAAUAACUUGAUCAAACUGAUGCAAAAAUGUUGGCAAGAUGAUCCUGGUGAACGGCCAACAUUUCAAGAAAUUACUUCGGUAACAGAAACGCUUUGUGAAAAACCAGAAGAUGAAACAAAGGAAAUGGUAGCUGAGGAUCUGGACACCAAAAGUUCCCCAAAGCAGCGAUCUGAGGGGAUGUCUGCAUUAUCGCAGCCAAAACAGGAGCCUGUUGUGGCAUCAGUUAAGGAUUACAGUCUAUCAGAAUUGUUGUCCCAGCUGGAUUCAGGGAUUUCACAGACUAUGGAAGGCCCUGAGGAUCUCAGCCGCAGCUCUUCCGAAUCCAAACUUGCUGCCAGCGACAAGCGACUUUCAGGAGUUUCAUCUGUAGAUUCAGCAUUUUCAUCCAGAGGCUCCCUUUCCCUUUCCUUUGAAAGAGAGAGUUCAGAUAUAGGUACUACAGACAUACAGAAAAGGAAGCUAACAGAGGCUAUUUUAGCUGGAGACACGAGCAAGCUGAUGAAGAUCCUCCAGCCUCAAGACGUUGAUAUUGUUUUAGAUGGGAACUGCAGUCUUUUGCACUUAGCUGUUGAAGCUGGUCAAGAGGAAUGUGUCAAAUGGCUCCUCCUUUACAAUGCUAACCCAAACCUCACUAACAAGAAAGGAUCCACCCCUCUUCACAUAGCCAUUGAGAAGAAAAUUAAAAGCAUUGUGGAGCUGCUCAUGGCAAGGAAGAUCAACGUUAAUGCCAAAGAUGAGGAUCAGUGGACUGCUCUUCACUUUGCUGCCCAGAAUGGGGACGACUUCAGCACCAAAAUGCUGCUUGAUAAGAAUGCAUCCCUGAAUGAGGUAGAUUUUGAAGGCAGAGCCCCCAUCCACAUAGCCUGUCAGUAUGGCCAAGAGAAUAUUGUGCGGAUUCUGCUGAGAAGAGGCGUUAACGUGAACAUCAAAGGAAAGGAUGACUGGGUGCCUCUGCACUAUGCUGCCUGGCAAGGUCAUCUUCCCAUCGUAAAGCUUCUGGCCAAACAACCAGGUGCAAAUGUAAAUGUGCAGACCGUGGAUGGAAGGACCUCGCUACACUUGGCUGCUCAGCGAGGUCACUACCGUGUCGCUCGCCUGCUCAUAGACCUGGAGUCAGAUGUCAAUGUACCGAAUGCGCUCUCGCAGACUGCUCUCCACAUAGCUGCUGAAACUGGCCACACGAGCACAUCCAGGCUGCUCCUUAAACAUGGUGCAGACAUUGAGGCAGCAACAGUGGAAGGAUGUACUGCUCUGCACUUGGCAUCUCGCAGCGGCCAUUUAGCAACAACAAAGUUGCUGAUGGAUGAAGGGGCCAAUGUUUUUGCCAGAGGCCCAUUAAAUAGGACAGCGUUGCAUCUUGCUGCAGAAAAUGGACACUCUGAAGUAGUAGAAGAACUUGUCAGUUCAGGAAGCAUCAAUGUUUCUGAUGAUGAGGGGUUGACAGCUCUUCAUUUGGCUGCAAGAGGAGGGCACACAAAAACAGUUGAGGUUCUUCUAAAGCACGGGGCACUCACUGAUCUGCAAAGACCCACAUUUCAGACCCUGCUCCGGCUUACUCAGCAGAGCAGCAGUAGCUCAGUUACUGUGUUGUUAAGUGAGACUUAAUCAAAAGGUACAGUACUUGCUAUCUUUCUGCCUGGUGUGGAGAAGGUUGCUGGAACUUGAUUCACAAGAGCCUCGUCCAGCUGUGCACUGACCUGCUCACCAGCAGCGUCAGCAGAUGGACUGAGGGGCGGCCAGCAAGGAGCUACUCAUGUUUGAGUGUGUGAGAGAGGGAGCACAUGGACUAAAGCCAAAUGCAAGGUUAAGAGCUGGAGCCCACCACACUGUGGUCUGGAUCAUCCACUCUGCAUGUGCCUGCCCCACUGUAUAGUGAUAUUCCCCUCCCACAGAUGCUGUGAGUGUAGGAUGCAACUUGUGCGUUCCCCUUGCUUUUUUUUUUUUUUU